AUGGAUCAUCAAAUUAGAGCCAUGCAAUAUGCAAUCAAGAUUGCAAUCAUCUUUUCUCUCUUCAUCUCCCAAAAUCUUGCACAGGUGCAACAACAACAAUGCAUGAACGAGCUUCAGCCGUGCCUAAACUAUCUCAACGAAAAAAACCGGCCACCGGAAAGUUGCUGCCAGAAUCUCGAUUAUGUUAUUAAGUCAAUGCCCGAGUGCCUGUGCGCUUUGAUAAGCGUCCAGGGCGCCAAUCAAGCCGAGCAAGCGGGCAUCAACGUCACUGAGGCACAGACGCUGCCGGGAAGGUGCGGGCAACGUAUUAACCCGCUAGGGUGCGUGACGGGAACGCCCGAUACGAGAUCGAGGAAUACGGUUCAAAGUUCGAGCAGCUUGAAAUUAAGGUCUUGGAGUUUGCCUGUGUAUGUUGCUGCAAUAUUAGUAAUUUUACUGGAUUUGUAG